AUGGGAUCUAAUCCUCUUACAAGGCCAAACCACCUCGAACCUUCCCCGCUCGGUACCAAAGAAUACUGGGACUCCCUGUACACAACUGAACUGCACAAUCAUUCUGCAGAUACCAGCGACGUAGGCACAAUCUGGUUCUCCGACUCAGGCGCCGAAAACAAAGUCCUACCCUUCCUCUCCUCCCACAUCCUGUCCGACAAAAAGCUCCUCGGCCCCGAAACCACACAGCAAAACUGCAGCUUUCUCGACCUAGGAACCGGGAAUGGGCAUUUUUUGUUAAGACUUAGGGGGUUGGAUGAAGAUGGCGAGGUAGAUGAGGAGGGCGAGAAAUGGGAGGGCAGAAUGCUAGGCGUUGAUUACUCGGCGCAAAGCGUUGAGUUCGCGCGGCGGAUUGCGGCGUCCAAGGGUGUGGAAAUUGAAUUUGAGUAUUUCGAUCUCAUGUCUGACUCGCCGUCUUCUAUUCUCACGAACGACGAAUCUGGAGGCUGGGAUGUGGUGCUUGAUAAGGGCACGUUUGAUGCUAUUUCGCUGAGUGAGGAGAGGGAUGGCCAAGGCAGGAGGUUGUGUGAGGGGUAUAGGGAGAAAGUGAUGCCGCUUGUGAGAGAGGGCGGGUUACUGCUGGUUACGAGCUGUAAUUGGACAGGGGAGGAACUUAGGGCUUGGUUUGCGGGGGCGGGGUUACGGGUUGUGGGGGGAGGUUAG